GAUCCUCCAUUUGUGAUGAUGUCUGUCCGAGGUGAUAAAUACCAAGGUCUUGCAGUGGAUGUACUGAAUGCAGCCAUUUCAAAGAUAGGCUAUGAUAAAGUCAGCAUUGAUAAUCAUGAAGAAGGUGUGUUUGGUCAUGAAGAAAAACCUGGCCAGUGGAAUGGUCUCAUUGGCGAAGUUCAAAACAAGACUGCUGAUGUUGCCCUGGCAGCGUUUACCAUCAACUCAAAACUGUCCACUGUUGUGAAGUUCAGUUAUCCAUUCAUGCAAGCUGGCUUUCGUGUUCUGUACAAGAUACCAGACUCCUGGUAUCCCAGUGAAGCCAUGGUGACUAUCCUGCGACCAUUCUCACCUGGUCUCUGGGUGCUGAUUGUUUUCAUGUUUGUUUUGGCCAGUGGUGCCCUCUAUAUGAUUGGACGUUUCAGUCCAUAUGAGGAUAUUGCCUUUGUGGGCAAAACUGCUACGUAUGAAGGACUGAAUGUAACAAAUAGUAUGCUGUACAUCUUCAGCUCUUUGGUGUGGCAAAGUUACACGGCAGCUCCCAAGUCAAUCUCUGGACGGAUACUCACUAGUGUCUGGUGGAUUUUUACCAUUUUUGCUAUUGGAGCUUACAUUGCUGGUCUGUGUGUUGUUCUGUUCAAAGUGAAUCCUGAGAUUCGAACAUUACCUUUUACAACUAUGAGUGAGAUGUCACGCCAGAACAAGGUUGGAAUUAUGGUGGUGCGUAAUUCUUCAACAUUCACUUACCUCAGCAACUCACAGGGGUUGGUGGAGAGGAGGGUUCGAGCCAUGCUGCAUACUCACCAAGAGCUUCUUGUGGAUACAGUAGAACAAGCCAUUGACAAGAUGACCCAGUCAGAUGGCAAGUAUGCCCUUCUCAUGGAUGGUCCUACAGCAGAAUACCUGUCGACCUUGGAACCCUGCGACAAAAUGGUCAUCGCAAAUCCGCUCGGCUUUCACACUUACGGAUUUGCCUGUAGAAAUGACUCCGAUAUUUGUGAUAGGCUCUCGACUGAGAUACUAGAAAUGUGGGAAGAUGGACGACUUUUGGCGAUGAAAGAAAAAUGGUUUCACUCCGGAUGUCUGGAGAGUCGGCCGAAAAGUUAUGUGUUUGAAGGUUUACCUUUCUUUGACACCUUUGGUGGAGAUCCAGACGCCAUCAUGCCACUGACAAUAACCGUGAAGAGAUUUUCGGCAGCCUUCAUCAUUCUCGUCGUUGGGAUUGCCCUUGCUGUAUUUGUGCUGAUAGUUGAAAUUGUCUGGGCGAAGAGGAGAGGUACUGCGGUACCAAGAAAACUCAACCAUUCAGUGGUAAGAGAUGAUGACCUGGAAAGAAUUGAGAAUGAGUUCCAUGACGAAAGAUCCUAG